AUGAACGAGUUACUGCAGAAUCACGGCUGUUCCAAUGUAUUCAGUGUCCCCGAAGGACUUAAAGAAUUAAUGGCUGAUAUUUCUCGCGAAGUUCUUCGAGAACAGCCAGCAAAGCUUUUCGACUUUAUAGCCAACUACCUCUCUGUACUUCUGAUUACUCGUGAACACGGCGUAAUGGCGGUGAAGGUUUUAGAUGAUCUCUGUGACUGCAGGCCUUCAGUGUCCGAACAUCUACUCCAGCUAGGAUUGUCUGACGGGCUGGCGAGAGAUUUAGCACAAGUUAUUAAGGAAGAAAUCGAACAGUUUGAACCUGAAGAAGAAGCCGAGAAAAUAAAGGAAAUGCAAAUAAUGAAGAGAAUAUUGACAAUAUCCAAUCUCGACGAAGUAUUGGCUCCGAAGGUGUGCCAAGUUGCUAGAAACGCUUAUAGAGACUAUUGGUAUCGCAAGAAGACAUUAGAACAGUCUAUGAAAACUCAACCAGAUGAAGCUUGGGAAGUGGCAGCACAGCGUACGUUGCAAAUAUAUAAAAGUACCAAACCAUCUUUUAGUGAGCUGAACAGAGCUGCACAAAAAAUUCAAGCAGCAUAUAGAGGGUACCAUGUGCGAAGGAACCUACUAAAGCAUUUGAAACCGAAAAGGAAGAGUGGUCCAAAAGUCAAUCUGCCAGGACCUCCACGAGAUGUAGCGGGUUCUAGAGAAAUUGAUUUGGGGCCAGUCAUAAAACUUCGUGUACCCAAAGACGAUAUCCGCACUAUGUUCGGUGAGCACGCCACACAAAAACUAGGCCUACCCUACGAUCCAAUGUUGACGAUCACACAUGUGGCUGAAGACCAGGAAUCCAUAAUCUCGAGCAGGCGAGUGAGCAGAAUCUCAGAAUUGCCGUUCCCCGUUAGAAGUCGGGAGAGCAGGCACAGUAGAUUACCAAGUGCAGCAGUCAGUGUUGUUUCUGAAGGCGCGAAACAGAAAAUCUUGCCAAGUGCCGUGGAGGUGAGGGAACCACUCUCCGUGGAGGAAUCUAUGCACAAGAUAUCCUUCUCUGAGGUACCACCUGAAGUUAUCCCAGAUGUGGAGAUGGAAAUCCCACAAGAGCAAGUUGAAGGAGGUGUUGACGUAACCUCAUCUGAAGUUGCCGAACAAGAGAUACCUGAAGAUAUUCCUGAUGACAGAACGGAAGGCGAAGAGAGUGUUCCAAUGUCAAUGCCAUCAUCUGCGCCUGAUACUGCAACUACUACUGAUGUAGAGGACGAGGGCGAAGAUGCACCACCGACAACAGACGAAGAGGGUGGAUAA